CAACCUUUGCCCUGUCCCCGUCAUGGCGGUGGCCUCGGCGCUGGGUCCACUGGCCACGGUGGCCAUCGGCACCCUGCUGCUGGCCCUGCUGCUGGGGUGGCUUUGGGACGCCGUGGUCAGCGUCACCCGCUUCUGGGCCACUUGUCACCGACUGCGCAGGUUCCCCCGGCCACCCUGGCGCUGCUGGCUGCUGGGUCACACCGGCUUGGCUGGCCACAAGCUGAGGACAAGCAUGUCCCCAAGUCUGGCUGUGACCAUGGGGACAAGGGUGUCCCCGCGUUGGUCACUGAGCCCUGCGGUGUCCCCUGGCGCAGGGGAAGAGCACGGAGGAGGGGAUGCAGCAGGUGGACGAGCUGGUGGCACGGUACCGGCACGGCUGCUUGUGGUGGCUCUUGCCGUGGAUGCCCAUCCUACGCCUCUUCCACCCCGACACCCUCCGCUCCAUCCUCUUGGCCUCAGCCUUCAUCGCCCCCAAGGACCAGCUCUUCUAUGGCUUCCUCAAGCCCUGGCUGGGAGACGGGCUGCUGCUGAGCCACGGGCAGAAGUGGGCUCGGCACCGACGCCUGUUGACGCCCGCCUUCCACUCGGACGUUCUCAAGUCCUACGUGGGUGUCUUCAACCAGAGCACCCACAUCAUGCACCCCCGCACCCCUGCCUGCAGGCCAAGUGGCGGGCAGCGGCGCAGGCAGCGGGGGGCCCGGCGCGACUGGAGGUGCUGGGGCAGCUCAGCCUCCUCACCCUGGACACGCUCCAGAAAUGCAUCUUCAGCCACGAGAGCCACUGCCAGCAGCAGCCCAGCGAGUACAUCAAGGCCAUCCUGGAGCUGAGCACCUUGGUGGUGAGACGCCAUCACCGUCUGCUCCAUCACCCAACGUGGCUCUACCGCCUCUCGGCCGAUGGGCGUCGCUUCGCCCAAGCCUGCGCCACCGUACACAGCUUCACCGCUGGCGUGGUGCAGCGCCGGCGCCAGGCCCUUGACCGCCUCGGCCACCAAGCCUGGGUGGAGAGCCACCAAGGACGGAGCAUGGACUUCAUUGACCUUCUCCUGCUCUCUAAGGACGAGGACGGCAACACCCUGUCGGAUGAGGACAUCUCGGCCGAGGCUGACACCUUCAUGUUCGAGGGCCACGACACGACGGCCAGCGGCUUGGCGUGGCUGCUCUACAACCUGGCCCGCCACCCCCACUACCAGGAGCAGUGCCGCCAGGAGGUCCGCGAGCUCCUCAAGGGCAGGGACGUGGAGGAGAUCGACUGGGAUGACCUGUCCCACCUGCCCUUCACCACCAUGUGCAUCAAGGAGAGCCUCCGCCUGCAUCCCCCUGUCACCGCCGUGUCCCGGCGCUGCACCGAGGACAUCGCCCUGCGUGAUGGACGCGUCAUCCCCAAGGGGAUCAUCUGCCUGGUGAGCAUCUAUGGGACCCACCACAACCCGGACAUCUGGCCUGAGCCCCAGGUCUACAACCCACUGAGGUUCAGCCCGGAGAACAGUCAGGGACGGUCCCCGUUGGCCUUCAUCCCCUUCUCCGCUGGCCCCAGUGGUGACAGAGGUGACAGAGAGGCGACGUGGUGGCAGGAACUGCAUCGGACAGAGCUUCGCCAUGGCUGAGCUGAAGGUGGUGGCAGCAUUGACAGUGGCACGCUUCGCCAUCCGGCUGGACACGGGACAGCCACCGCGCCGCAAGCCCGAGCUCAUCCUCCGCGCCGAGGACGGGCUCUGGCUGCUGCUGGAACCGCUGCCGGAGGUGGCCUGAGGGACACAGGGACACGGGGGACACCUUGAGCCACGGCCAUCCCACCAGAGGGAGGAGUGGUGAAUAAAUGGUGGCACGGA